AUGUUAGUUUAUCACCUGACAACUGCGAAUUUUAUCGUCUUCGUACUGUUUAUUUUGAUUGCCGUGGUUGAGAGCGAAAAAUUCAUAAAUAUAUCCGGUGAUAUAGUUCUGGGAGCUUUGUUUCCUGUUCAUGCAAAAGGUGUGAAUGGAGAAGAUUGCGGUAAGAUUCAGAUCGAAGACGGCAUACAACCGUUGGAAGCGAUGCUGUAUACCGUCGAUCGAAUCAAUCGUAAUCCUAACAUUUUACCCGGCGUACGACUCGGAGUCUUGGCUUUCGAUACGUGCGACAAUCCUAAUUACGCCCUCGAACAAACGUUAAAGUUCGUCAAAGGCUUCAUAGCACACGAAAACGAGUUUCACAACAGAAGCGAGUUUCAAUGCGCGGACGGCAGCGUGCCCAAGUUCAUGGGCGGCCAUUUCGACAAAGUGGCCGCGGUCUUGGCAUCGCGUUCCAGUUCCGUCACGUUACAGAUCGCCCCGAUAUUGCGGCUGUUCAUGGUGCCACAGAUUUCGUACAUGGCGACGUCGUCGUCGCUCGGCGACCGAGCCCGUUUCCCGCAUUUCUUUCGUACCGUACCGAGCGACGUGAAUCAAGCCAAGGCGAUGUUGAAAAUACUCAAGCACUUCGAUUGGUCGUACGCGUACCUCGUUUACACCGACACGGAGUACGGCAAACGAGGCAAAGAGGCACUCGAGGCUCUGGCGCACAACUACAACGUUUGCUUCGGGUUUUUGCACUGCAUCGACAAGGACAUCUCCGACGAGCCGAUUUACGACGCGAUCAUUCACAAUAUCACACAAAAAUCGGACAUUCGAGUCGUCGUCAUGUUCGCUGAAAAAGUGGCGACUCUGCGCGUGAUCCGCGCGGCACGGCGCUUGAGCGCCAGCGAGCAGCUGGUCUGGAUCGGCAGCGACAUCUGGUCGUCGGGCAAGAGGGAGCGCGAGCUCAGUCCGGACGAGGAGCACAUCCUCGAGGGCGCGCUCGCCGUUCAGCCGCUCUACACGCACAUGGCCGGCUUCGACGAUUACUUCACGAACCUGACCCUGGAGCACGUCAAGGUGAAUCCGUGGUUCGACGAGUUCUGGACGGAGUAUCACAGGUGUCGCGGAGCCAAUGGAAGCGUCUCGAAUGACGAGGAAUCGCAGCAUUUUCGUGAAGAUCACUGUCGACAAGAUGACUUUAACAUGAAAAUAUCGAGUGAAAUGGGUUAUAAGCAGCGAAAAAAUAUUCAUUUCGUGAGGGAUGCGGUUUAUGCCGUGGCUUUGGCUCUGCACGAUUUACAGAAAGAAAUGUGUCCACAUUAUCAGCGAGGAAUGGUUUGCGAGAUUCUUAGUCAUAUUGACGGGCCUCUACUUUCAUCUUAUCUAGCCAAAGUAUCGUUCAAAGAUGAAGCUGGCAAUAAAUUUAAAUUUGUCAAAGGACGAGAGGGACCGACAAGAUACUCGAUUUUAAACUAUCAAAAGAAACCAGAUGGAUAUCACUGGAUCAUUGUGGGCAAUUAUACUUCUACAUCCGAAGGUGACGAGUUUCACGAUCUUAAACUCGACGAUAGUCUGCUUCGCUUACGCGGCCAAAUGCAAGGCAAAUACGGCAACACAAAAGACCAGUGGCAAUUUCCGACUUCGAGAUGCAUCUCGUCCUGCAGAAGCGAUCAAGUGCGUGAGCGUCUGGACUCUUGUUGCUCGCGUUGCCGCGAUUGCGGCACGCACGAGCGCAAAAAGAACGAAAAUCAGUGCGAAUUGUGCAGCCUGGGUACUCUACCGGCGAAUAAUAAAACAAUUUGCGAGAGAGUCAAUGAAAAAUUUGUCGAUUAUACGCAUCCUUGGGCUGCUUGUGCCGUGACAGUGGCUACAUUCGGAAUAGUAGUAACAAUUGUCGUCUUUGGGAUUUUUUGGUCUAAUCGCAACACACCGAUAAUCAAGGCCUCGGGUCGAGAGUUAUCCUGCCUAAUGCUCUUCGGUAUUUUGGCCUCGUUUCUCAUGACCUUCGCCAUCAUUGCCUGGCCGAACGAGUAUACCUGUGCUCUGACUAGAUUUGGGAUCGGUCUGUGCUACACAAUUUGUUAUGCCGCAUUAGUCACCAAGACCAAUAGAAUUCAUCGAAUUUUUAAUAAUGCGACAAACAGCCCUCAUAAACCAAGAUAUACGAGUCCUAAUUCGCAGCUGACGAUCACUGGAGUCUUGACAGCUGUGGAGAUUCUUAUAAAUGGAGCUUGGCUACUCAGAAUGAAGCCAAAAACGAUUUUCAUUUUUCCUUCGAGAGAGCAGCGACUAAUUAUUUGCGAAGGCUUUAAUGAUUAUUCCUAUAUUGUCGGAUUAGUUUAUCCAUUCUUUUUGAUAGUGAUAUGCACAUACUAUGCCAUCAAAACGAGAAAAUGUCCAGAAGGCUUUAACGAGACUCGGCGCAUAGCUUUCACUAAUUACACGACUUUGGUUUUGUGGCUAGCCUUUGUGCCUCUUUAUUUGGCAUCGGCUGACAAUGCCAUACGCGUUGUAACUCUAGCCCUUUCAUUGUCCCUCAGUGCUUUUGUGCAAUUAACGUGUUUGUUUCUGCCGAAAAUCUAUAUAGUCAUCAUAAAGCCGGAAAAGAACACCAGAGAAUUGGUAAUGACUCGUCACAGAAGUUCCAACUUCAUCCCAUCGCCGGGACGGCCGACUGUGGUACUCAAUGGCAAUCCUCACGGGGUCACUACUUCGUCUGCUAGAGAAUCUUCAACAAUUGAGUAA